UUCUGUUUACAUAAGUCGGUGGGAAAUCGGAGAAUAUCCCCUCUCGCCUACCGGAAUUAUUCCGCUUCUCCCGAGCGCGGUCGGGGCCAUUAGCUACAAGGCUUUCUGAGACCUAACCAGCCACAUCUCUUCCUCCGCCUGCUUGCCCUCGCCCGAAGCUGGCGUCGGCGGAGAAGCGGCCCGCGAUGGGGGAGGGGAAGGAAGGCGACUGGGAGUGCAGCGGCUGCCGCAACCGCAACUACGCCUUCCGUUCCUUCUGCAACCGCUGCAAGCAGCCGCGCCUCCUCGUCGACACCAAGACCCCCGCCGACUCCAAGUGGCUCCCCCGCGUCGGCGACUGGAUCUGCGCUGGUUGCAGUAACAACAAUUACGCAUCCAGAGAACAGUGCAAAAAGUGUGGCCAAUCGAAGGAUGAAGCAGCAAUGCCAGCUAUUUCAAUGCCUGCUGCGUCACUUCUGACUUAUGCACAUUAUUUUGCAACACUACAAGGACUCUAUGGGUCACAGAUGAAUUCUGCAUUAAGUGGCAGUCCUCCUAUUCAGUCCCUUCUACCCAAUUUAAGUUGGCCACUUGGGGAGAAUAGUAAAUACGGGUUGCAGUCUGCUCUCAGUUGCCCCUUAACUCAAUAUAGUAGAAGCAACACAAGUCAGCUUCUUCCAGCCCCAAGAGGCUGGCGUAAUGGUGAUUGGAUGUGUGAUUGUGGCUUUCAUAAUUAUUCGUCACGUUCCGAGUGUAAAAAGUGCAAUGCACCUUUAGUAUCUGGUGCUCCUUCUGUAGCUACAUCAACUGUUUCAGAUAUGUUUUCGACUUUGGGCACAAAAUAUCCGGCAUCAGAAGAGUCUGUUAUCAGCUGGGAUAACAAAAGGCUUAAUCCAGGCGAUGUAAAUAACAAUAAUUUGAUAAAUGGACGGAGGAACUCAUACAAAGGUUUUGAGCAACAAGCAGGUUACAAUUACGAUCAAGCAGCUGGAGAGUAUUCCAAAUAUGCCGAUGCAGAUUUCAUGAUUGGAUCCAUGCAAGGGAAUAUCCAUUCUUCACAUCAAAGAAUGCCCGCUUCCCAUGGAAAAGGGGUAAAACAUUGGCGUGAUGGGGAUUGGAUGUGUGGUAACUGCAACAAUCAUAAUUUUGCAUCUCGUUCUAUUUGUAACCGGUGUAAAACUCAGAAAGAAGCUGCUGUCCUUCCAGUAAACGUUGCAUAGCUUCUAGUUGUGUUGUGGAGCUGGAUAUUGUUCGGAAUGCUUAAGCUUUCAGUGUUUCCGAGCAAAGAAUGCUCUUUUUUGCAGUUUGAUAAUAGGAGGAUGAGCUUGUGCUAGGGAACAGUUUGCUCAAUUGCAAGAUGGAUCCUUGAAGUGGAUUUUGGUUGCUGAUCAAUAAAUGUGCCAUUAGUGUGU